AUGGGCUCAUUACUCUUAUUUGAGCAACUUAAUUUUUUAAUUUUGGUGGCUUCGGAGGCCGAACUUCCCAUCGCUAACUCCACUAGAGAGCUAUUGAUGGAUCAUUCAUGCAAUGAUUGUCAGAUCUAUAAGCUUUAUGAUAAUGUUGAAGAUGGCUCCCAGAGAGACAAAGGUUGGUUUAUGGACAAAUUUGGCCCGCAAACGGUACAUUUUGUCAUUAGUAAUACAAUUGAAUUUUCGUUUUACAGAGCAGUUUAUUUCGAUCUGUUAAUCCCUGUCAUAUCCCAUACUUGGGUCAGGGAUUCCGUAAAGACCAAGAGACAUCUGAGAACAAACAUGUAUUCCCCUAACCCAUUCCAUUUGCUUCGAGACUGUCAAGUAUACAUCUCUAAAAACUCGUUCAAUAAGUGUGAAUACAUCCUAUACUCCGACUUACUCCAUCUGUUGGGUGGCACCUCGGUCAAUUACAUAUCAAACAGAACGACACACGUCAUUGUACAAAGCCCCAAAGAUCCUAUCAUAGAGACAGUUAACAAAUUGACUUUCGGCUCUUUUUCUUCUCCGUCUUCCAAUAAACAAGUGGAGAAACCUUCGAGGGACUGGAAAUUUGUCUACCCAACGUGGCUUCUAUAUCACUUUAAAAUGGCAAAGCCUCUAAGUAGUGAAUUAGCUAGUUUGUGUGAACUGGAUAUGAAUGACACCACCGAGGAACAACUUUUCGCUAAAUGGGAAGAAGUUACUGGUGAUAAAGAGACUUCAUCGACACAGCUUUUUCUUCAUCCAAAUACGGAUUUGUUCAAAAACCAUCAUUUUGCUAUAUCACCAGAUUUGAACUUCUUCACACCUUUAUAUUGGUUUUUAAAGGAAUUUAUCGAAAAAUUGAACGGUAAGGUAACUCCUUUGAGCUCUUCUGAUGACCUAAAGUCCAUUUGCCAAGGUUCGCCCGAUAUCGACUGUUAUAUUGGUUAUUCUGCCAAUUCGCCAAUACUAGGCCAAAUCAAUAGCAUCAAACCAGAGAUUUAUGUCGGAAAUGUAAGUUGGUUAUUUUAUAUCUUUGCAUUACAGAAAUUCACACCUGUAUCGCAAUGCAAAAUUAUCCAUCAGCCUUUCCAUGCCAAAUUGUUUACUUCCAAGGAAUUAACAGUUGCGUACACCAAUUAUUUUGGUUCCCAAAGGUUUUACAUUCAGAGAUUAGUAGAAAUAUUAGGGGGGUUCAGUACUCCUGAACUGACAAGAAAAAAUACACAUUUGAUAACCAAGAAUACAAUUGGUAAGAAAUUUAAAGUUGCGAAAAAGUGGUCAUUAGACCCCCAAAAUGCUAUUAUCGUAACAAACCAUAUGUGGUUGGAACUAUGCUAUGUAACCAACUCCAAACUAAACCCCAAAGACAGCAGGUUUCAAAAUUUCAAAUUGGACGAUGACAUAAAAUGGAACAUUGGCCAACCUAAAGUGGAACAGUCAUCUCUUCCAACUUUAGACGUUCUAUCGACGAAUAUCAAAAAUGCCCAAAUCACAACAAGAAAAUCGUCUCCUCUAGAUGAAAAAAACGCAGGUGACACUAGUACUCAUACAAGACAAGAUAAUACACCAACCAGCACUUUUACCAAUUCAAUUGAUGAAAAGAUUGAUAAAUUACAAAAAAUCUCGAUAGAAGUAAGCAAAAUGCAUCCUACCGAAUUGGCACAAGGUUCAGAUUCUAGUACUUCAACAAUAGGUCUACCUCCCGUUUCCAACGUCUAUUUACACGGACAGAAUUCAAACCCUAACAUUGAAAUAAAAACGGAGACCGUGUUUGAGAAUAACGGAAUGGGAGAGUCAGUGAAUAAUGGGAACCAGACUGCGAAGUAUGAUACCAACAUCACCGAAAAGGUAGAACGCAAGAACAGCGAACAAGAACUGAGAGAAAAAUCCACAAAAAAAAAUGAUGUUGAGUAUGUGGCAAAAGAGGAGGAGGGUUCGCAAAUGCAAUUAGGUCAGCAAGUUAAAGAGGAAGACGAGUUUUGGAAAGAAAAUGACAAAGAUAAAAAGACCAAGAAACAGGGUACGGAACUCGAGGAGCUUAAAGAAAUCAAGAGAAGUGAAGAAAAUGCAGAAAACCCAAUUACGCAUGCAAGAACAGUUGAAACUUCAGAGAACACUAAUCCAAAGAACGCAAAUGACAAGUACUCGCAUUUGUUUGAAGGAUUAUCUGAUAGCGACAAUCAUGUUGAUGAUAUGAAGGCUACUGUCAAUUCCAGAUACACCACGCCGAAGACGUCACAAAAUGUCAAGACCAAUGCUGGCACUCCAAUCGCUACUCAAACCCAAGUUCACACGCCUAGUAGCAAUUCAAGGCUGGCAAAGACACAAGCUGCCAAGCGAUUGCACACAGAUAUCGAAUCAUUGAAUGAAUUUCAGAAAAAGCUGAAAAGGAAAAAAAUUGAUACCGAGGAGAUUUUAUUGCCUGAGGAGACUGGAAAUUUGAAUAAAGACAAGCUAUUAAUUGCGAAGGCAGAAAAAGUUUUGAGUAAAUUUGAUGAAUUGCCUGAUUACAACAUAAAGGCGGUUUGCACCGGAUGCUUCCAAGAAGGGUUUAAUGAAGUCGACAUGGAAAUAUUAAGCCAAUUAGGUAUAAAGAUUUUCGACAACAUCAAAGAAACUGAAGGACUAAAUUGUAUUUUUGCUCCCAAGAUUUUGAGAACCGAAAAGUUUUUGAAAAGCUUAAGUUUCGAACCCUUGAGAUUUGCACUGAGACCUGAAUUUAUCAUUGAUUUGUUAAAGCUAGUUCAUACCAAGAAGGAAAAAGUUGCGCAAAUGAAUCUGAACCUGUUUGAUUAUGAGAUCGACGGGGUCGAUGAGGUUCUAUUAUCGAAGACUAAACUACCUACCAAGGUGUUCGAAAGGGCGAACAUAAAAUGCAUAAACCUAGUCAGUGAUAUACCUGGUGGAGUGAGCACUAUUGGUUCAGUUCUGCAGGCCCACGGAAUCGAAAACGUCAAUAUUUUACGCAAUAAAAAAUGCAUUUUUGAGGACAUAAUGGAUAAUGAUGUUUCUGAACAGAAAAAUGAAAACAUCUUUAAAUACGUCCUUAUUGUCACCAAGGCUUCACAAGUGAAAAAAUUCACUAAAUUAAUAAACGAUCAUGACAAGGCCAGUACGGUUUUGAUUGUAGAAUGGAAUUGGUGCGUUGAAUCGAUUUUCCAUCUUGAUGUUGAUCUUGAGUCGAAGUCAAAUAUUUUAUACCAAAAAAAAACAAAAUAA